CAAUUAUUUGUUUCUAUUUUAAUUGCGAAAUUGAACCAAAAAUAUUUAAAGUAAAUAAGAAAAUAAAUUAGAUAGACAAUGAAGUGUUAUUACGAAGAACUUGGUGUUGAACGUGACGCAAACGAAAGUGAAAUUAAAACUGCCUACCGAAAGCUGGCACUAAAAUGGCAUCCGGAUAAAAAUCCUAAUUCCAUGGAUGAGGCCAAAGAGCGCUUUCAACUUAUACAACAGGCCUAUGAAGUUCUCUCAGAUUCCCAAGAAAGAGCUUGGUAUGACAAUCAUAGAGAUCAGAUAUUGAGGGGGAAAAAUUCUGAUUAUGAAGACAAUUGUUUGGACGUUUUCCAAUAUUUUACGGUUUCGUGCUUCAUGGGUUACGGAGAUGAUGAUAAAGGAUUUUAUGCUGUAUAUCGGGAAGUAUUUGAGAAAAUUGCCACUGAAGAUGCGGAAUUCAUGGACGAUGAAGAAGAGUUGGAAAAUAUACCUAAAUUUGGUGAUUCUAAGAGUAGUUAUGAGGAAGUAGUAGGACCAUUCUAUGCCUAUUGGAGCGCAUAUUGUACUAAACGCACAUAUACGUGGUUGUGCCCAUAUAACAUAACAGAGAUUAAGGAUCGUAGAAUAUUACGAGAAAUUGAAAAGGACAUGAAAAAGGUGGUACAAAAAGCCAAAAAGGAAAGAAAUGAAGAGGUUCGUAAUUUAGUUUCAUUUAUCCGCAAGCGUGAUAAACGUGUACAGGCGUUUAAGAAAGUAUUAGAAGAAAGGGCUGCUUUCAACAGGCAAAAGCAAGAACAAAACCGUUUGGAGCAAAUUAGGCGCCGACAACAGGAGUUAGAGGAAAUGAGACUGAAUAGCCAAACAGCCAAUGCGAGUAAUGAUGAUUAUGAAGAACAACUGAAGCAACUGGAAAUGCAAUAUAGCAGUGACGAUGAAUAUUAUGAAGAUGAUGAAGACGAAGACGAAAAUGCAGUAAUGGGUGAAGAAGUACAUGUUGCACAAGAGGAUCAUGACGAUGAAGAAUAUAUAGAUGAUUUGUAUUGUGUGGCUUGCAAUAAAGAAUUUAAAACGGAAAAAGCCUUUGCAAACCAUGAAACAAGUAAAAAACAUCGUGAUAAUAUUGAAAGGCUAAAGAUUGAGAUGCAAGAUGAAGAACAUUUAUAUCAGCAAGAUGAAAACUCACAGGAAACUGUAGAAACAGCUACAGAAAUAACAAAUGAAGAAAUCGAAGAUGAUACUUCUGAAAGAAUGGAAGACUUACAAGCAAUUGGUAAUAAAAAUAAACCCAACAAAUUGAAAAAUAAAAAAGAUGCCAAGAAGGUAAAGCAGACAAUUUUAUUAAACUCCGAUGAAGAUAAUAAUUGUGAAGAGAAUUUAGAGGAAGUUGUCUCAAAACUUGAUAUUUCGUGCAAUUAUGAUAAAGAGGAUGAUAAUUGGAAUACAACAAACAAAAAAUCAACAAAAAAAUCUAAAAAUAAAAAUAAAACGAACCAAAAACACUCAAUUUUAUCUGAACCCCAACCUCUUAAAAAUAAUACUGGACCAGAAAUCUUCCCUAAAACUAUCACAAAAUCGAAUAAUGAUUUAGAUUCAGAAACAACUCAACAUGUAUGCGUUACUUGCAAAUCAAAAUUCGAAUCUAAAAACAAACUUUUUUCUCAUCUAAAAUUAACAAACCAUGGUGUUUAUAUACCCAAAACAAAAGUAACAAAUGAUGAAAACGCAAAGUCAAAAAAGGCAAAAGGAAAAAGAAAUUAAUAACGAUUUUUACGCUUUGAAACGUUCUUUUAGUGCUACAACCUCUAUAAUAAGAUUAUAAUUUUAUGAAAUGUACAGAAAUAAUAAACAAACUUAAAUUAUUAAAAUAAAUAAUACUUAAUGAGA